AUGUUGAACAUCUUGCCCAGCAAGCAGUCCCAGGCUGCAGGGGAGGGAGGUGCAUGGGUUCACUACUUGGGUCACAGAGCCUGGACCUGCUACAACAAAGGGUACACCUGGGUGCAUGGCUAUCACCUGCACAGUGCCAAUGAGUACAGAGUGGUUUCUAUGGAGAUAACAAUUGUGAAAACUGACAUUCAGAUCACUCAGUAUGCUGGGUGCUUUGUAAGUGUAGCUUCAUGUUCUGGUUUGUCUCCAAAACACGUUGUAGAUGUAGCACCUGGGGUCAUAGAUGAAGAUUAUGGAUCAAGUAUUGGUGUUGUAUUGUUCAAUUUUGGCAAAGGAAAGUUUGAAGUUAAAAAUGAUGACCACAUGGCACAGCACAUUUGUGAAUGGGUUUAUUAUCCAGAAAUAGAGGAAGUUCAAGGUUUCAGUGAUGCCAAACAGGGUUCCAAAGGCUUUGGAUCCACUGGAAAGAACUAA